AUGGCCAAUCGAUGGCAAUUACCCGUCUCGCCGUCAUUCCAGCAAGAAGCUGGGGAGCGUAUGAUCGACUACGAAGAUGAAAUAUUCAUGGCGGCCCCCAGAAGCAAUCCCCAUGAGUUCGUGUCUAGUUCAAAGCAGGACAAUGGACUAGAGAAUCGCGUCGUGCUUGGGCUCGAUUAUGUCGCUGAGCACUACAAAGGCCUGUCAUACAUGCAACAGAAGACUAUAAGUGAGCUUGACUUCAACGACCUCGAGGUCUUCACGGGAUGGAGCGGCGGAAGCGGUAAUCCUAAGGUCCCUUCUGAAAUAUCCUACUCCAAGGCGACGAACCGGAGCCACCAGCAAGGCAAAGACGCCGAGCGGCAUAAACUCGUGCUCCACUGGACCAAGCUGGAGCUCGAGACUCGACGUCCCGCCACUGAGUUGGAGGCACUUCUGGAGGCUGUGCAGGGUCUGAGUCUCGUCAAGCGCCUGCGCGAGGUCGCAGAUGCCGAUAUCAACCAUGAAGCGCCGACACACUUGACUAAGAGUCCGUCGGAUAUUGUCAAGGAUUUCUUGCUCAAGAUUGCCCGACAGUACUACCUUCACAUGAAGGGACAUUCAUCUGCUUUGAUUGGGGGCCAAAUUCCACUCGACGUUGCUCUAACCCAUCCCGCUGAAUGGGGCUACGAGCCACUGAACAAGCUGUAUCGUGCUGCAAUGGGCGCCUUUCACAAGCAGAUGUACCCGACUCUUGGAAACGUUUACUUUGUUCCAGAACCAGAGGCUUGUGCCUUAUUUACGGUGCAACAGCUCAUCCGCAAUAAAGAGGACAGCCUCAUUCCUGGGGAGUGCUUCGUGAUCUGCGACGCCGGAGGUGGCACCGUGGAUCUAGCCACAUACCGAAUCGACAAGAUCAACCCCCUUGAGAUAUCAAGAGUUGCUCCUGGCACAGGAGCAUACUGCGGAGCUACUCUCAUCGACAGAGCUUUUAUCCGUUGGCUCAAGUCCAUCACAACAAACCUCGACAUUCUUGAUGACGAGAUUGGCACCGGGGGCCACUUUCUACUCACUCCUGAGAGAAAGACACUUCUCAACAGAUUCGAUCCCUUCAAACACCAGUUCACUGGGAGCGAAACCAAUAUCCUCACACUGGCAAGUGGGAUCCAAGUGAAGCCUGAAACGCCGGGCUUCAAGAAUGGCCUCCUUACCAUUGAUCCUGAUAGAAUGAAAGGAUUCUUUGACGAGUCCUUAAACGGAACUCUCAGACUCAUCGCAAAGCAAGUUGAGGGAGCCACAGUGAAGGGGGAGAUUGUCACGAAAGUCUUCAUGUCUGGCGGUCUGUCGCAAAGUGAAUAUCUCUUCAGGAGGGUACAAGAGUGGGCACGAAAUAACCCCAACGAAAUGGAAGUGACGCGACCUGAGGAGUGUUGGACGGCUGUAACGAAAGGCUCUGUUCUUCGUGUAAUGGGCCUCGGGGCAAGCCAGCCAACGGCAGUCAAAGAGUGUCCACGACACUACGGCAUCGCAGCAUCUGAGGUGUGGAGUCAGUGGCGGCACGGGGGUAAAGGUCAGAAGAGUCCCGUAAAGGAUCAAGUCCAUGGCCACAGAAUGGCCGUCGGCCAGAUCACCUGGCUGAUACGAAAGGGAGACGUGAUCCUCCCAGACAAAUCCAUCAAGAUGACACAGCCCGUCACUUGCGCCUUCAAGGAUGAUUAUUCUGGGAGCAGCAGCGCCGCAAGAAUCACAUUCUGUGCGACUACAAUGACUGAGGCUCCGACUACACUGCACCAGCUUCCAGAAGGUAAACCGCAACCUCAUGAGUCCAUACUCCGAACGAAGGCGGCUGACAACUGUUUAGCCAGCAAUGAGCUUCCCGUGCUAGAAGUGAAACUGGAUGAUUUGCCCUCAUCAUGUUUGUAG